CUUCUCUCUCUCUCUCUCUCUCUCUUCUCUCUCUCAUCCUUGCUAUAAAGGGGCGAGUCGAGACGAGAUCGCGGGGACGGAGAGGGUCCUCUAGGGUUAGGGUUCUGGAUCCUCGUCCUCCUCCUCCUCCGUCGUCGCCCUUCUCUUCUCCGGCUUCGUCUUCCUCUGGAUCUUGGAGAUCUCGGUCGAUCGAUCGAUUUAUUGAUCUCUACGGUGGUAGUGAGUCGAAUUCGUGACCUUGUUGCGGCGGCGAUUGGGGAGUCGAGGCGGAGGCGGGAGAGGGCGCUCGGCGUGCGCUGCGAGAGCGAUUGAGGCGCGGGGAGGUGUUUCGAGAUGGGGAUCGAGGAGAGGGAUUGAUCGGGGGCAAAUGCGGAUGAUUUGGGGGUAGAUAUUUGGGGAUUAGGAGGUGAAUUCGAGUUGAGAGAGGUCGGAGAAGGGGAAGGAGCGGAGGGGGAGGGUCGCGAAAGCUGCGAUUUGAUUCGUCGGGGUUGGAGAUCUGUGCAAGGAUGCAGCAAGAUCAGCGGAAGAAGAAUUCACCGGAGAUGGAUUUUUUCUCUGAGUAUGGUGAUGCCAAUAGAUACAAAAUUCAAGAAGUCAUCGGUAAGGGAAGCUACGGAGUUGUGUGUUCGGCGAUUGAUACACAUACGGGAGAAAAAGUGGCAAUAAAGAAAAUACAUGAUAUCUUUGAACACAUCUCUGAUGCUGCGCGGAUCCUUCGUGAAAUCAAGCUUCUCAGGCUUCUAAGACAUCCUGACAUAGUUGAAAUCAAACACAUUAUGUUGCCUCCAUCAAGGAGGGACUUCAAAGAUAUUUAUGUUGUUUUCGAGCUCAUGGAGUCUGAUCUUCACCAAGUUAUCAAGGCUAAUGAUGACUUAACGAAGGAGCACUAUCAAUUCUUCCUUUACCAGCUGCUCCGAGCAUUGAAGUACAUUCACACAGCUAAUGUUUAUCACCGCGAUUUGAAACCAAAGAACAUAUUAGCGAAUGCGAAUUGCAAACUCAAGAUCUGUGAUUUUGGACUGGCAAGAGUUGCAUUCAACGACACCCCAACGACUAUUUUUUGGACGGAUUAUGUUGCAACCAGAUGGUAUAGAGCUCCUGAGUUGUGUGGAUCUUUCUUUUCAAAGUAUACGCCGGCUAUUGAUAUUUGGAGCAUUGGUUGCAUAUUUGCCGAGGUGUUAACUGGUAAACCUUUAUUUCCUGGUAAAAAUGUGGUCCACCAGUUGGAUUUGAUGACCGAUCUUCUAGGCACUCCGUCAUUGGAUACAAUUUCUCGGGUCCGAAAUGAGAAGGCACGGAGGUACUUGAGCAGCAUGAGGAAGAAACAGCCUAUACCAUUUUCACAGAAGUUCCCCAAUGCAGAUCCUUUAGCUCUUAAACUGUUGGAAAGGCUUUUAGCAUUUGAUCCGAAGGACAGACCAACUGCUGAAGAGGCAUUGGCCGACCCAUAUUUCAAAGGCUUGGCCAAAGUUGAGAGAGAACCAUCAUGUCAGCAGAUUGCGAAAAUGGAGUUUGAGUUUGAGCGGAGAAGAGUGACAAAAGAGGACAUUAAGGAACUUAUAUUCCGUGAGAUAUUGGAAUACCAUCCACAGUUACUAAAGGACUACAUUAAUGGCACGGAGAGGACAAACUUCCUAUAUCCAAGUGCUGUUGAUCAAUUUAGGAAGCAAUUUGCUCACCUCGAGGAGAAUGGUGGUAAAAAUGGUGCUGUAGUUCCAUUAGAUAGGAAGCAUGUUUCUCUUCCUAGGUCUACUAUAGUUCACUCCACUACAAUUCCUCCAAAGGAGCAACCAAUCGUGGGUUCCUUGCGAGAUAGGCAAAUGCCCGAUGAGGCAUCCAAAAACCCCCGGGAUAUGGAAAGGUUUCCGGGAAAUAUAGCGAGACCUUCACAGCCACCCCAAAGGAUUCCAACAGCGAGACCAGGAAAAGUUGUUGGAUCAGUAAUGCCAUACGAAAAUGGAACUGUGAAAGACACCUAUGAUCCAAGGAGAUUAAUAAGGAAUAACCCAGUUAUUCCUACCCAGCCAAACAUGCCUCCGGCAUACUGCUACGAUCGGAGCACGGGCAAGCCGGAAUGCGCUGGGAGAGACCCCUUGGAGACCGAGAGGGAUUAUUACAUAAUCAAUAAAGUAUCUCAACCAUGCAUGAAUAAUAGCCGGACAACAGCGGACAUAACCUUAGACAUGAGAGCUCCCCCUUUCUACUUUUCGGGGGGGCCGAAGGCUGAUCCGGAGACGCAUAGCCUUGCUUAUACGAAAUCCCCCUACAAUGGCAUCGCGGCAGCUGCUGCAGCUGCUGCCGCCGGCGCUCAUAGGAAGGUUGGUGCCGUUCAGUUCGGCCUGUCGAGAAUGUAUUGACCAUUAACAGACUAAUCAGUGAAUUUUAGUCAAAGCCGUUAUUCUGGCGUAGCCGUGCCUUAUCAUUGAAGUACUUCUGAGGGGCGGAUGGAGGGAAAGAAGCCACAGAAGAAUGCUGAGGGAAGAGAAGAAAUCAGUUUGGUGUGAUGGAGAACAGCAGAAGAGACGCCUUUAAAUCUGCACGGGACGAACAUGGCUGGCAUGAUGUGCAUAUUUGGUGUGAUUUCAUGAAGACCUUCAUUCUGAAUGCAGGUUAAAUAAUUCAAAACAGUUGUUUCAUUUAUCUUUCUUGUACGAGUCCCCUGCGGUCAAAAAAUUUUAGUCAUUCCAAGACUAAAAUUGCAAGAGAAAUCUGUGGCUCUGUUAGAGUUUUCGUUCGGCAUUUACUGUUAUAGUUACAAAAAACCAGAUGUAGCCUGUAAAUAUACUCUCCACUAUCUAUUUCCAAUUUCGAAAGAUACAUCACCCAGGCAUUAUAAAUAACUUCUUGUAUGAGUAGUUCGACUAUAAGAAUCGCAUCAUAAGUGUUGUUAUGUUGCCUUUAUUUUUUCUUCAUGUAGUUGCUUGUUACUAGAAUUAUAAGGAGGUUCCAAUAAACAUGUAUCCUUUUGCUUUUGCGCUGUUA